UCGAACCAGGGAGACUCGAUGCCCUAUCUCCGCGUUCUGGUUGCUGAGAAAGAGAGAUGGCAGCAGAGGAAGAUAAUGGAGAGUUCUACCUACGGUACUACGUUGGGCACAAGGGGAAAUUUGGACACGAGUUUUUGGAGUUCGAGUUCAGGCCAGACGGAAAGCUUCGAUACGCCAACAACUCCAACUACAAGAACGACACGAUGAUCCGCAAAGAGGUUUUCCUCACCCCUGCCGUCCUCAAGGAAUGCAAGCGCAUAGUCGAUGAGAGCGAUAUAAUGAAGGAAGAUGAUAAUAACUGGCCCGAGCCGGAUCGUGUUGGCAGGCAGGAGCUUGAAAUUGUUAUGGGAAAUGAGCAUAUUUCCUUCACAACUUCAAAGAUAGGUUCACUUGUUGAUGUGCAGAGCAGUAAGGAUCCUGAAGGGCUUCGCAUAUUCUAUUAUCUGGUUCAGGACUUGAAGUGUUUUGUAUUUUCUCUUAUCUCACUUCACUUUAAGAUCAAGCCUAUCUAGAAGUGAUCAUGGUGUUGUUAUAAAGCAUGGUUCCAAGAGGAUCAUGUUUGCUUUUAGGAUCGCGGCCUGGUUUGUAACAGUAGUCCUUAGUUUUGUGUAAGAAUCAUUAACUUUUCAUUUUGAUGGAUAUUUGUAUCCGAAUUGUUCAUCUCGAGUUUGUUGGAUUAGGAGAAUGUUGAUUGAAAUGCUACAGAAAGUUAUGAGAGUUUUUAUUUUUGGAAUUUCUUAAUUAUAUGAGAAUGAUUUUAAUCAAUUAUCCCCCAAGACA